CUGAGGGGAGGAGAAACGAGCCCAAGCAGCAGGGAGGGACUUUUCUCAGGCUGGGCUCUCGGGGACUCUUUUGUACCUGUUUCUAUUCAUUUUAUACACUUUGUAUUCGACUGUUUUCCUAAAGCACUUUUACCACUCUGAUAUUCAGGCAUCGGGUGUUUUAUUUGAGUUUAAUUUCAUGUAGCUAGUUUGGUGACAGUGCAGGAAGUACCUCGAGUCUCGACGGCUCAGCAAACAGAAACAAAAACACCAAACAGGUGAAUCGUCGGAGGAUAUUCAAUGCUACAGCUGUCAUCGUGAUCCCAAAUCAGACAAAGAAACACAUCUAUCUAGAUUAUAGAUAGAUUAUUAGAUUAUUCAGACGAUGACUGCUGUGCUGAAUAUCCAGAGGUUACUGGAAGCAGCCGAAUAUAUAGAAAGGAGAGAAAGAGAGUCUGAACACGGAUAUGCCUCGACCUUUCCGUCUAUUGAGCACUCCAGCUACCAGAGACAAAGGAAACUCCGAAAUAAAAAGUGCAGCAACAAUCACAACAGGUCCACACACAAUGAGCUAGAGAAAAAUCGGCGAGCCCAUCUUCGUUUGUGUCUGGAGCGAUUGAAGGCGCUCAUCCCGCUGGGACCAGAGUCCAGCCGUCACACCACUCUGGGGCUGCUCAACAAGGCCAAAGCACACAUAAAGAAACUGGAGGAAGCGGAGCGUAAGUCUCAGUAUCAGUUGGAGAGUUUGGAGCGAGAGAAGCGUCACCUCCAGAGGCGACUGGACCUGCUGCGGGACGGCGGGGGCGUGCUGGAGGGCGAGAGGAUACACACUGACAGCGUAGGCUCCACCCUCAGCUCCGACCGCUCCGACUCAGACCAAGAAGAGAUGGAGGUGGACGUGGAGAGCACAGAGUUCUCUCAUGGAGAGCUGGACAGCAUCAGCACAGCCAGCACCAGCGAUCUGGACGACCACAGCAGUCUACAGAGCACUGCCAGCGAUGAGGGCUACUCCUCCUGCAGCAUCAAACUGGCCUUCAGCUCAUAAAACCAGCUCCCCUUUACACACACACACACACACACUAUCCCAGCCCUCGAAAUGAGUCCUGCCUCCUAGCCACCUUUCCCUCCUCGACCAAUCAGAGACUCCUAUUUAAGUCAGGUGACCAGAACACCGCCCGCCCUAUAGAAUGCCUGGUGUUUUAAGUUGGUGAAUGUAUCUGAGAGAAUACGAAUGAGAUGGAAACAAUCUGUGAUUGUGAUUUCAUUUGGGUUAGUAGAUGGUUUUAUUCCCCAAUAAGAGACGUUUCUGAUAAUUGUCGUUAUCUAAAACCCCUUUUUUUUCCGAAAAGGAAAGCUAAGAUGUAUAAAAAUAGAUGUAUUUAAUUUUUAAUCCAAACCACUGAUUGUUAAUUCACUACAUGAAUGGGUCGUGAACUGGUCACUAGUGAAACAUUGACUUUAACCCACCCAAAUUGGAUGUGUGACUCCCUUCCUUCCCAUCCGGUCUAAUGGUUCUGACGAGGACCGUCAUUGGUGCUACGUGAAAAAACCAAUAAAGCAGAAAUAUCUACUGCGUUCUUCAAAGACAACAGAAAAACUAUGAUCCCAUGGCUGUGGGAAUUUUUGGUGCAUCUAAACCGUGGAGCUACUUUCCACGCAGCAGCAGCAGCUAAAAGCCAGCGAUCUUGCACUCGACCGGAUCGAGCCCUCCGUAGAACUGGCCGAAAAAUAUCCACCCCCGUGUUUAACUCCAUGUCUCUUCUGGCAGAAAUAAGCAAUAAACUCUUGUAUUCUGAUCAACAAAUUAGCACUCCUACUCCUGAGACACAACGCUUGUGUCCGUCCAAAAGAGCGACGCCAACUUGCUCAUUUUUGUACAUAAAUACGAUAGUUGAAAAAGAAAAGGUUA